ACCAGGUGUAUUUUCUCGCAGGGAAAUCUGUCCCUUCUGCUGAGGGAUAACUCGUACGGGAAAAGGCAGUCAGCAGUCUAGUGCAGACUGUUGUAGAAGACCCACCAGGCAGGCAGGCACCAGCACAGCAAAGCAGCCAUGCUUUCCUCCUCACUCCCUCGCACUCCCGCCCGCGCUUUCCUCCUUCUCCUCGCUCUUUUGCUAACUUUGUUGCGUCCGUCCGCGCCCUUCUCCGACCGCGAAGAAGCCCAAAUCCGGCGGCUCCAAGAAUACCUGCGCAUCCCCACCGCCCACCCCGACCCCGACUACUCCGCCGCCGCCUCCUUCCUCCUCUCCCUCGCCCGCUCCGUCGGCCUCCGAACCCUAACCCUAGAGUUCGCCCCCGGCAAGCCCCUCCUCCUCCUCUCCUGGCCCGGCUCCGACCCCUCCCUCCCCUCCCUCCUCCUCAACUCCCACCUCGACUCCGUCCCUGCCGAGCCCUCCAAAUGGUCCCACCCCCCAUUCUCCGCCGCGCGCGACCCCGCCACGGGCCGCGUCUUCGCGCGCGGCGCCCAGGACGACAAGUCCCUCGCCGUCCAGUACCUCGAGGCCCUCCGCGCCCUCAGGGACUCGGGCUUCGCCCCCCUCCGAUCCGUCCACGUCUCCCUCGUCCCCGACGAGGAGAUCGGCGGCGCCGAUGGCGCCGCCAGGCUCGCCGCGUCGGAGGAGUUCCGCGGCCUCAACGUCGGCUUCGUCCUCGACGAGGGGCAGGCCUCGCCGACCGACGAGUUCCGGGUGUUCUACGCCGAUCGGUCCCCGUGGAGAUUGAUCGUGAAGGCGGCGGGGCCCCCGGGGCAUGGGUCGAGGAUGUUCGAUGGAGGGGCCGUGGAGAAUUUGAUGAACUGCGCUGAGGCGGUCGCCAGGUUCAGGGAGAGCCAGUUUGAUCUGGUGAAGGCCGGGCUUAUGGCCGCUUCGGAGGUCAUUUCGGUGAAUCCGGUGUAUAUGAAGGCCGGCAUACCUAGCCCCACGGGUUUUGUCAUGAACAUGCAACCCUCAGAAGCUGAGUUGGGUUUUGAUCUUCGGCUUCCGCCAACAGCAGAUCCAGAACUCAUAAAGAAAAGGAUUGAUGAAGAAUGGGCUCCAACUAUCAAAAAUAUGACAUACCAGUUGAUUCAGAAAGGACCAAUUAGGGACUAUGCAGGCCGUCCCUUAAUGACGCCAACCAAUGAGACGAACCCAUGGUGGCCUGUGUUUGAACAAGCCGUCAAAUCGGCCGGCGGAAAGCUCGCUAAACCUGAAAUUCUAUCUUCGACAACCGAUGCUCGGUUCAUGAGACAGAUGGGCAUUCCCACCCUCGGAUUUUCACCCAUGUCAAACACUCCCAUAUUACUUCAUGAUCAUAAUGAGUUUAUCGAGGAUAAAGUAUUUCUCAAAGGGAUAAAGGUGUACGAGCAGAUUAUCAGUGCUUUGAGCUCCUUGCCAGGUUAUUGACAGUAGUUGGUUGCUCUAGUUUGAGGCGAAUGCUUGUUGUAUUCAUCACAUACUGGGUUUAUCAGUCCCUGCUGAAGUGUUGUUGUUCCUAUUGUAUAUACUGGUUCACUGAGGAGCAUGUAUUUGACCAUGAAAUUCUUGUACGUAAUGUUAAUUAUCACAUUUUCAUAACUUAAAAUGUUCUCAGCAUGCAGAUUCAUGGCAGUUUUUA